AGCUCCGGCUCGAGCGCGGCCCGCGGCUGGUGCUUGGGCAGUCAGGGAGAUUUGGGCCAUUCCUCCUCCCCCCUCCUCGGACCAAAGAGCCUGGGGCGAGGAGUUGCACAUCUUAGGCACCUCCAGAGCGAUGCCGGGCCCGUCUCCUCCCCCCCCCGGCUCUUCCUCCUCCCGCCCAGUCUCGGCUCGAGCGUCAUGAGUCUCUAGAUCAGGCUGUCAAUCGAUUGUACGUCGAGGCUGGCUGACGCCAAGAUAUUCCGUAGUCGUCAUAGGGAUGUUUGCUUCCGUGUUCAGGCGGACUGAGGGCAUAGAGUUUUUUGUCAGAACGACAUGGAGAUGCGAGCGUUGCCAUAGUUUAGCAGGAGGCCUUUGCUCCACCAAUCCGCGCGUGGCCGGCGGAUCACCAUGUAGUAUACGCCAACGUCCUGUGCGGAAAGAGCCCGAUCACCUGUGUGGAUUGCGACCUUGCGCUGCGAUUGGUCACGGACGACGUGAACAAGUUGCAACGUAUUCGUGAUGUUGACAAGGCUUUGGGUAUAAUUCGCUCCUCUGAUGUGUUCCUGGACCGUCAUAUCCAGAAGCGCGGGGUCCAACAGAGCCAGGAAAAGAUGCCAGUGGUUCCAUACUUCGUGGGUCUUUGGGCCACGCGCUUUAGUCGAACUGUCGUCCAAUAUUGUUUUUGAGAGCAAGCUCUUACCCGGUGUGGUUAUUCCUUUAGCUCCUUUUAUCAGGGCGCGUUUCAUUCCGAGCGGGUCCUGGGCUUCAGAGGUUGUUGUACGUUGUUCCGCGAUGUCCAGGGGCUGGGCUCACAUUAGGCGUUUCUGGUCCCAGUGUACUUCCUGGAGGUUUCAAAAGAUGACACUUAGUGCGAGCCUGUCGGGCCUGCCAUCGCUGGUCUUGGCAAAACCCUAAGAGGUGAGACUCGAGUCAGUUUGUCCGGAAUGCCUCAACGUCCUACUUGGAUGGGCGGCUCUGAAGAUCCAUGCAGUGGCAGAGGACGGGAAGGAGACUGCAGCGAGCGAUUCCUGCGCCACCAGCGGAACUGAUCUGGCGGAGAGCAAGCAUCGUACCUUUUGUCGUUGGAACUUCUUGCGCAGAGAUUAAAAGUAUGGCAGAACAUGCCCGUUGCCCAGGCCAUUACGAGCAGCAGCUCAUUGCCGUAUUUGGAGAACUUGCGAAGGAGGCAGAUGUUGUGUUAUCAGUGUUUUGAUUCCCUAGCUCUUUUAUGUGCCCGCGUGGGUCCUCCAUGGGCAACCCUUUGGCUCGACAGUCCUUCGAGGAUGUGGAGUGCUUGACUAUGCCAGAGAAGGGGAGGAAUAUGGUGGAGGUUGCGGGGGAUAGCUAUGUGAACGCGCUCGGGCGCAACACGCCGGAUUUCAAGGCCGUUCAGAAGAUAGGAAUGCUACGGUUUCGGGCUAAGUUGCUUUUCAGAUUGACAUCGUCGGAGUCGGAGGCCAUCGUUCCUGAACCCUGGGAGCUGGCUGAAGGGGAUUGCAAUUGUGCGCUACUCAAUGCUGACAGGGGCCCGUGCGAGAGACGAUUUCGGAACAGGCGUGCCGUUCUAGCUCAUCGAAGACAGUCCUCAUAAGGGCCAGCAUGACAUCCCAUCGAUGGCGACCAAGCUUGUCAUGCCCUGCCUGUGUUUGUACCGUUCGAUGUAGGGAUACUGCGGCCCGACAUUUGAUCAAAGCUCGCCGAUACGGAAGAUGAUAUUCUGAGAAUGAAAUUCGAUCCGGCUGAUGUGGAUCCUGGGUUUCGCACUCGUCCCGGAAGUUGUGAGCCAUUUGUAUAUCUCGAGUUGUUGCAACGUCACAUGCGCGGACAUGUUCCUCUACCUUUGUGGUACCAGGGUUUGUUUGGCAUGUUCUCUGUGGUUUCUGCAGCGGCUUCGUCUGCAGACGGGGCGGCGCCGCAGCCGGUGCGAGGCAAGCGCGGUGCGGUUUCGGCCGGAUACUGUUUUCAGGCGAAGAAGACGGCCCAGCGGACCAACAACCGAACGGUGCCACGGGGGUUCGGUGAGUCAGAGCUCUUCGAGAUCGGGCACCUUCGCAUGAUCGGAACCGUGCUCAUGACGCUUGUGCUGAACCUCUCGACGAUGACGCGCCAUCAGGAGGCCAUCACCACGAUCUCGUUAAUCGGGCCAGAGUCGGCAGCGCCAGUCGGUCAGGCCAAGCUUCGUGUGCGAGGCUGGGUCGAGGCAGCGCAAGACUUCCGCAGCCGCGGCGAGGACGGGGAGGUGGACAAGCUUGGCAGCAUCAGCGUGGCGGCCCUCGUGGGCCUCAUCAAGUGGUGCGAGUCUGCGAACGCGGCCGCAAGCGCUCGCAACCAAGCGAAGCUCACGGCUUGCAUGGUGGAGCUGAACGGCACGUCUUUGGAGGAGGUAGAUGCGGUAUACCCUUUUCGUGGACGUGCAGUCGGCGGCUCACUAGGAGAAUGACUGUACGAUCCUGUUGUCGAAGAACGACUCGCUGAAUGUGCUCGUCGAUUGGUUUGGUACAACUGGGUUUCUCGAAGACGAUCGGCGUCGCCCCUUUAUGAGUCACCUCGAGCGCGUGCUUCAGACGUUCCUGGAGAACGCGACGAUGGAGUGGAUGAUGAUACUGAGUUGGAUGCAGAUAGGGACAGACAUGAUGUAUGUGAGGUGGAGAUUCAAACUUGGGAGGUUCAUAAUAUCUCUACUGCUUUUGAGGAAUUGUUUGAUAUGGUGGUGUCUGUGGACAUACAGGUCCUUGGUACGAUCCAGGCAAUGCAUGAGCAGCAUCUGUUUUUGGGGUGUCGCUUCCUCUGCUGUUAAUUUUGCGGCCUCAUGUUCAAUGACGAGUUUAUGGACGACCCGCGAGAGAGCAAGAGCGAUGGCGAGCAACACCUCCUGAUCUCCCAAAAAAUCUGCGAAGCAGACUGUCCCGCAUGGUUCGUCGGCCUCAGGCGUUGUAAGUUCGAGGCGGGACCAUGCUGCCACCGCCGCCUCGUGCCAGGCCAGGGGUAUCCUUCCUCUUCCUUCGUCUUCGUUUGAGCCUGGUCCUUCCCUGACCCGUCCUCAUGUCCCCAAACGAGCUCGGGCGGCGGGCCAGGCAGUCAGUGCUUUCAGAGACAGUGG